GUGGCGCGACAGGUGCUACCAGUACAGCAUCCAGUGUGUUAAAAUCCUUUAACACACUGGAGUCAUGAAGGAAAAUACAAGGACUAGCAGAUAAAGUUACCUUCUAAGCGGGAGCACAGUGUCAUCCAGUCCCUGAAGGACAAAUGACACGAUGGAGUCAGCCAGCUCAGAUGAAAUCCAACAGCCUAUCUACGAAGACCCGGACGCUUUACUGCCUGAUUACACACAUGAAGCUCAACCAGAAAUUAAAGUCAAGCCUGUACCAGCGCCCAGGUUGAAAUUAUAUCAACAAACCAAUAGCACCAGUAACAAAGCUGAGUCCUCCAAUAAGGCUGGAAGCAUAGCACCUACUGCGACUUCCAGUGGAUCCCCUGCGGGCUAUAAGAGGCCUCAGCCUGCUCGUCCUGCUCCCAAACCACCAACCGAUACUAAAAAAAAUGCUGAAAAACCAGCAAUUGCAGAAAGUGCUUCAAAUGCUCAUUCACCCGUGAUGACUCCAGAUCUACACAUUGAACAGGCUCCUCCUCCCCCUCCUCAGCCUCAUCGUUUUCCAGCUUCCCACAGCAGUUGUGGCCAGACGUGUUCAUCAGCGAGUCAAAGAUACGAGAACACAUCAGAUCAUCAAUCCAGGCCUUCCUCUGCAGGCUCCACACAUCUAACUGUUUUGCCAGCUCUUUCUCAGGAAUCGCCAAACGAAUUCCCCAGCAGCAGCACUAUCUCAGGGAGAAACCCUUCGCCUUUACGGAAUCCAGAUCUGCAUAUUAAACAGCCUCCUCCUCCCCCUCCUCGGCCUCAUCGUUUUCAAAGUCCCCCCCAAUAUUAUGAAACACAGUUUUCAGCGAGUCAGAGAUACGAGAACAAGCCAGAAUGUCAGUCCCCACCUUCCCCUGCAGGCUCCACGCAUCUAACUCCUGUCUCACAGGCUCGUUCUCAAGAAUCACUGAACGUCACUGGAAACAACUACAGUACACGGAACAGACCACCACAGCUUCCACUGAACCCACCAUCAUCACAUUCAGUGUCUGGAGGAUCACUGCACUCUGAGACACCUCGGUACCUCGAGAUCCUUCAGGAUGAUUCAGAUGAGUUGGACCUCAACGGGCUAUUGACCUGGUUCAACAGAAUAAUAACGUCCUCUGAUUCGUCUUUGUCACUCUACGGUGUCAGCAAAGAGGAUGAAAUGAGCUCAGUCAGUCAGAGAUCCAUGAAUGUUGCAAAGGCUUGGCGUCUCUACAAUCUUCUAAUGAGUAAACGAAAAGAAGACCUGCAGAAGAUCAUCACAGAUUUCAAAUCCAUCUGUGAGAAGCUAAACAAGAUCAAGGAGAACAACAAAAACAUGGGUAUUGCCGGAGGGACCACGGCUUCUGUGGGAGGGGUAGCUGCAGUGGUGGGGAUCGUCCUAGCUCCGGUGACCAUGGGUGCCUCGCUGAUUGCGACAGCUGUCGGCGCUGGCAUGAUUGCAUCCGCUGGAGGUAUGGGCGCUCACGCCGCUAUAGUAAGCAAGAAGACGGUGACGAGGACGGCAGUUGAGAAACUGGUAAAUAACUACAUGGAAGGCGUCGCUGAUCUGGAACGCUGUCUAGAUUAUAUUAUCUUCACAGUGAUGGAGCUGCGAAGGCACGGCAUUGCUAGGUUAGAGAGUGCAGGCGCUCAUCUGGAUGCGGUGAGGAUGUUAUACAUAUUAUGUGAUGGAAAAAGCAACACAGACAUUCAUGGGGGGAGAGCUGCACAACCAGGUGGGACAUCAUCUGAGAAAUUACUUCAAGCUUUUACCAAGGAAAUGGAUCUUUAUUUUACAGAAAAGAAUGGUCAGAAGCUGAAGAAGUCAAAUAAGAGCAUUUUUUCGGGUAAAGUUUGCCUGCUGGUUGAUGGUCUACAGGAAGGACUGGAUUAUCUGAUUGACACGUGGAAAAAGUUAUCUUGAAUCAAAGAA